AAGAAAAACCGGGAACGACGUAAUUGGGUUGAGAAAGAGGCCGAUAUGAAAAAGGCCACGUUGUAAGCCCAAACAGUUCUGCUCGGAAUGUUAAGAUAGAGGCAACUUCACGUGACUUAACCAAACCAACAAACCAACCUCUCUGGUCUCUGCUCAGCUUUUCCGACCAAAGAUCCAAGCGCAAAAUCAAUGGAUUAUCUCGGAAUCGACAUGAGCUGCGCGAUCGGAUCUCUCCGGAACGGUGAGUUCCCGGAGAAAGAUUGUCUUCUUCCUCUAAUUUCAAAGCUUCUAGGUUAUUGCCUUGUCGCUGCUUCAAUCACCGUCAAGCUCCCUCAGAUAAUGAAAAUCGUGCAACAUAAGAGUGUGCGAGGCUUAAGUGUUAUGGCAUUUGAGCUUGAAGUGGUUGGUUACACAAUUUCACUUGCUUAUUGUUUGCAUAAAGGUCUUCCCUUUUCGGCUUUCGGCGAAAUGGCUUUUCUUUUGAUUCAAGCUUUAAUCUUGGUUGCUUGUAUCUAUUAUUAUUCUCAACCAGUACCUGUAACAACUUGGAUCAGACCACUUCUAUAUUGCGCUGUGGCGCCAACUGUGCUUGCUGGACAGAUUAAUCCUACGCUUUUCGAAGCUCUUUAUGCUUCACAACAUGCGAUAUUUCUCUUUGCAAGACUCCCUCAGAUAUGGAAGAACUUCAAAAACAAAAGCACCGGAGAACUUAGUUUCUUAACUUUCUUCAUGAACUUCGCCGGGUCCAUAGUGAGAGUUUUCACCAGCCUCCAGGAAAAGGCUCCACUAAGCAUUCUUACCGGUUUUGCUCUUGGAGUCGUCACCAACGGAAGCAUCCUGACGCAGAUUCUCUUGUAUUCUAAGCCUGCUGCAGCAAAGGAGAAGAAAGCUAAUUGAUUAGAAAGAUGUCCUAAAUCAAAUACUGGUGUUGUAGGCUCCAAAAAGAGAUUAGUCAAUGUUGCAAUUACGGUCUUUUUCUUCUUUUAAUAUCACUGUGCAAGGAUGUUCAGACUUUACCCAGCUACUACAUUAUGUUAUUAUGGGUUGGACUUGAAUCUGAUAGUGAAGUAGCUGUUUUAGGUCUGAUUGAUUCUUUCUUAUGUUGUGAUAUUAGCUAAAAUCUGAAACUA